UCUUUCUUUGUUAUUUAUUCAUAUGUUGAGAAGUGCUUCUGCUAUUCGAUCAGCAGCACGUUUAGCUGCUUCUCGAUCGAACCGUUUGACUCGUCGUGUCUAUUCAACAGAAACUGAACACAAGCCAGGAUCGAUUGGCAAGAAGCUGUUAUGGGUCAGUUUAUUGACUGGUACUGCUUAUUCUGGUGCCACUUAUUUUGCUCUCAAGAAUGAAGCAUUUUAUGACACUUACACCAACUACAUUCCAGGUGGUGAAAAGAUCUUGGAUACUUUGGAAGACUGGGCAUCCGAUGCUCAAUUCAAACAGUUUUAUGACCAGUUGAUCGAAGCAAAACAAAAGGCUUCUGCUCAUACGGAACAAAUCAGAAAAUACGCUUCACAAACAUCAGAAACAGCUCAAGAUUGGUAUGAUUAUAUUUCCACGGCCAUUGCUCAAUGGACUGGUGAACAGGAAGCCCCUGUGGCUCCUGGCACAGGUCCUACACCUUCCAACACCAAACGCAUGCGUAUCAAAAAGGCUACUCAACAAGAAUCUCUUUUUGCCAAUGUGAUCCAUAGUGCAGAUGCACAACCUGUCCCUACAUUUGCCAAAUCCAAAGAAGAAAGCUUGAAUGAGUUUGCCAAGACUGUCCAAGGUCUUGUUGUCAUGUUGAAUGAAGCUGGAUUGGCUGGUCAUGCUAAACGUCUUGUUGAUUUUGCUACUCGGGAUAUCGAGAGUUUAGACAAGGCCUUUUCUCUCAUCAAGUCUGAAGAAAUCAAAGCCAAAGAAGAAUUGGAAGCAUUGAACGCAGAAUUGGAAAAACUCGAAAUCAAGAUGCAACACCAUCGUGAACAAGUAGGUCAAAAGAUCAAGGAAGCUCAAGACAAGGCCUCUGCUCGUGUCGAAAGCCGUGUAGGUCAAAUUGAGGCCGCCUUGGCUGCUGAUAAAGCUGAAUUGGAACGCCAAUUAGAAGCCAUUCACACAAAGGAAUUGACAUCUCAACGCCAACACUACUUGACUGAAUUGCAAAACGAAUUAAAGGACAAGGCUGUUGAGAUCCAAGCUGGUUAUGUGGCUCAAGUCAAACAACAAGUCGAGACAGAACGCGGUGGUCGUUUGUCCAAGAUUGAAGAGGUUGCUGAAAAGCAAGCUCAGUUGGAGAAAUUGGUCUGUGCUGAUGCUGAGUUAUUGGAUGAUGUUCGUAAAGCCCAUCAGUUGGUAGCUGCCAUUGAUGCCUUGAAACGUGCUGCCAUGUCAGGUCAACAAACACGCUUUGAACUUGAACUUGAGGCAUUAAAGCGAUUGAGUGCAAAGACACCUUUUGCUAAGCUCGGUGAACGUCAAUCCGAUGAAUUGAUCCAAUUGGUUGCUUCCAGUAUUCAACACCAAGUGGCUCAACAUGGUGUGACAUCCCUUGCUGCUCUUUCAGAACGAUUUGAGACUGUUGCACGCGAAGCUCGCCGUGCUUCCCUGAUACCUGAACAAGAUGCCUCCAUGUUGUCUCAUUUGCUCUCUAUUAUCCUCAGUAGUUUUAUGUUUGCUAAGAAGGGACUUGUGCCUGGUGAAGAUGUGGAAGCCAGAUUAGCCCGUGCAGAGUAUUAUUUAAACACAGAAAAAGAUUUAGAAAGUGCUGCUAGAGAAAUGAACCAAUUAACAGGAUGGCCAAAGCGUUUAUCUUUGGAUUGGUUAGAAGCUGCUCGUCGUCAUUUAGAAGUCAAACAAGCCUUGGAUAUCUUGAGAUCACAAGCUUCUUUACUCAGUAUGUUACAAGCCAACUAAUAAAAUGGGGUGUAUUUAGUAUACGUUUAAAAAACGUCA